AUGCCAGAAGAAGAACACCGGUUGUCACGUGAGAACGCCGACUUGAGAGAGCUUGUAUUACUCCUGAAGACGAAGAGUGAAGAUGAAGCAAAAGCAAUACUCAAUAUGAUCAGAUCCCACGACGAUCCUCUCAGUGUUAUCGAGAAGCUUCGACAACAUAAACUGCCUUUCGCUUGGUCCGACACGCCGGGCCAGGACUCUGAUAAGGCUGACGAGAAAGUCAUCAAGAGUGCGAUCCGGGUCCCUGCCCAGCCGUGGACAAGUGUGGCGACCGACGAAGUGGUCUCGGAGCUGAUCACUGCCUGGUUCGCUUGGGAAGACACGACACUGUUUUCGUAUAUCACACUAGAUCUUUUCGUAGCAGACAUGAAAGCAAGCGAUCCAGAGCGUGCGACAUUUUGCUCUCCCUUCCUCGUCAAUGCCAUCUGUGCUGCCAAAGCCAUCAGUUGCAUCGCACGAGCUCAUAGAAUGAGAAGUGUCCACAAGGCCUUCAAGUCCAUGGACAAGCCUGCCGCAGACGCAACGUCUGAAAGUACAUGGGAGCUAAGCGAACGAUUCCUCGCCGCUGUGAAGGAGCACUUGGAGCUUCAGUGCGGACGGGCUUCGCUUCCUACCAUCCACGGACUGUAUUGUCUUUUUCAGCACGCAUCUAUCUCAGGAGUAGAUCGGGCAGGCUCGUUCUAUCGACUUGCUGCGAUCGACAUUAUAAGCCGUCUCAACCUCACAAAGGUAGACCACGUGCUCAAAAGGGACAUAUUGCAUACUGCUAAGAACCGAGCUAGACGACACCUGAACCUUCAAUACCUGAAUUUGGAUGAACCAGAAUGGCUCGCCUCGCUCAAAUUUUCUCGCUUUAGCAGAUGUCAGGAUAUUAUGGCUGACAACCCACCGCCUUCGAAGGACGAACAAGACAAAGCGAGACGCGCAGUUAACGAAAAUAUUAUGAAUAACCCGGCGGGCACAGCACUCGUUCAGGCCGCGGGUCUCUCCUCUCAGCGCAAGAGACAAGAGCUCAAGGAAAAGAAGGAGAAAGAGGAGAAAGAGAUGAAGGAUGACAAAUAG